CUUCCCAAACUACCUCACUCAUUCAUGAAGAAGAUAAUAAACACUCUAAACAGUCAAAACUUGCUGCCCUACUCCCUAGUCCUAGUGCCCUCACUCGGCUCACUCACUCUUGUGAGUAUUGGGAGCUCAAUUGUCUAUUCUCUCUUUUAGUUAUUUGAAAUUUUCAUUUUAUAGUAAUUUUUGUACAAAUAUAGUCAGUGUCACAUUACUCACACUCACAUUCCUUACACCGUACAUUACUUAGGACUAAAGUGUAUGCUUUGUACCACUAGACUAAUUGUUAUUGCGGUGAAUAAAGGCAAUGUGAUUGCCUUAGUGGAAUGAUAUAAUAACAAUUUGUGGUUACAUACCAUUGUCGUCCAAUAUUACUGGUCAAUAGAUGGUAUUGUAUAGGAUAACGGUCGCCCCGUGUUCGAACCGUGAAAAUCGAGAAUAAAUGGUGCUUACGGCCAACCGAAAUCAACAAUGGAAGCACAGUCAUCGAAAAAAUUAUGCUGCAAGGUUUGCGUUCACACGGUCAAGAGCAUCCCGGUGAUAUUCAUUUUGUGCAUACUCGCGUGGUCGUAUUAUGCAUACGUCUAUCACCUGUGCCUCAGUCGAGUCACGUCCGUCGAACUGGCGGUGCCGUAUCUGCUAGUGUACCACAUCAUACUAGUGUUGUUCCUAUGGUCUUACUUCAAAACGAUUUUCACAGAGCCAAGCGGCGCUCCACCAAAUUUCAGAUUACCAGAAGAAGUAUUUGAAGAGUUUAAUAGAAAUCCUAUAGACUUGAGCAGGCAAAGCGCCAUUUUACGUGAUUUUGCUGAGAAUUUACCUAUUAUGACUUUCACAAAUACCAAUGAACAUUUUUUUUCAGAUAUUCGGUUCUGUGAUAAAUGUAAAAUAGUCAAGCCAGACAGAUCACACCAUUGCAGUGUGUGUCGUAAAUGUGUAUUAAAAAUGGAUCACCAUUGUCCAUGGGUGAACAAUUGUGUCUCAUAUUCCAACUACAAAUAUUUUAUAUUAUUUUUGGCAUAUGGUCUUCUAAUGUGCAUUUAUGUCGCUGCUACAACAGUUGAAUACGUUAUCAAGUUCUGGGAUAUUACUACAGAUAUGCGAAUUCAAGAUGGAUCAUAUAAAAUACAUAUAAUAUUCUUAUUUUUUAUUGCUUCAAUGUUUUCAUUAAGCUUAUUCUCACUGCUUGCAUAUCAUAUCUACCUGGUUUCAAAAAACCGAACAACAUUAGAGUCUUUCCGUCCUCCUAAAUUUUUGGAUGGUAGUGAUAAAAAUGGAUUCAACUUGGGAUGCUGCAGAAAUAUACGAGAAGUGUUUGGUAAAGAAGUUCUUCUGUGGCCUUUUCCAAUAGACACACGCCUUGGUGAAGGUGUAUCAUUUCCAAUCAAUAAAACUGUACCUGAAGCUCAAAGUCUAUUAUUCUCCGAUAUGAACGACCAGAAAACAUCAAUUGAUUUCGAACAUUAUGACACGUCGUUGUUUACAUCAAUCUUAAUAAGUGAUGAUAACAUGAGCUUGACCGAUACAAACGCCCCUAAAUAUCAAGAUCUUAUUCAAAUUUAGUAUUAAAUACUUAAUAUUAUUUAAAACUUUAUUCCUGUGAUGUCAUAUUAUCCUACUUUUACUCGUAAAUAUUGAAUAAUAUAAUAAGUUCUUGUCUUGUAA